UAUUGGCAAUUUGAAAGUACUGCGCAGCUGGUAUAGUUGGGUUGUUGGUGAUGAUGUAGUUAUUGAAGUAUAAUAAAAGCUUUGCCGUUAUCACCAUUUAGAGAAAAUUAAUUUUGUAUUGUUUUAAGUACUGAAAUCUAAAGAUGAAAAGAAGGUCCAAAUUUGAGCAAAUGUCACACAACUGUUGGACUUAAAAAUCGUAAUGUGGUGUGGUAGCAUGAAUCAAAGAGUUGCAUGACAAAAAUGUGUGUGCUGAUGCAGUCAGAAGUGAAACAAAUGUGGCAGACAUUUAAAACUGUAUUGAGCUAUCACUCUAUGAGAUAAAGAGAUCAUUGUGCAGUAUGGGUUGCAGAAAAAAUUUGGAAGAUCUUCCCUUGGAAGUCAUUACAGAAAUUCUUGUGUGCUUACCCGAUUCAGACCUUAUCACAUGUGUUUUGCAUAUUAACCCGUUAUGGAAGCAAGCAGCACAGUGUAAGAGAGUGUGGUCUCAUAGAAAGUACCAAGUAUCUGAUGAAGCAAAAGAAGCAGAAAUUGUUGAAGUGGCUCAGAUAAUACCUCAGUUAACAACUCUGCAGUUUACUGACAUACCUGAUGGUUUUGAGGCAACUUAUAGUGACGAAACAUUACAUAUAUCUUGCAGUUUAAUUGCAAGGAAAGAAUUGAUAAACUGUCUUCUUACAAAGUGCCUCAAUAUUACUAAGUUAUACCUCCCAAGCUUUUUGUUACAAAGAGAAGACUUUGCUGAUAUGGUAGGUAGCAUGCAAAACCUAAGGUCCUUGUUUCCAGAGAGCACAAUAGGUUACAUUGAUUCAUCCCUUGUUUUGAAGCCCCUUGCUGAUGGUGCACCACAGCUGGAAGAGGUUGAUUUCUCUAAUCAAUAUUAUGAUAUUAAGGACAUAACAUACUUCAUGGACAAAAAGGGGCCACAGUUACGCAGCCUUACUAUUAAUUGGUGUACAAAUGAUGAGAUUAGUGCAUUACCAUUACUAAAAAACUGCCAACAUUCUUUAAGAAAACUUGAAAUAUAUGUCAAUGGACAAGGGACAUUUGAAACUGCUGCAAUACUUAGCACCUUGAAGGACCUUUCUGCUCUUACAGACCUCCACUUUCAAGGAGUUGCUAAUAUUGAUGCAGUAGAAAUAACAUGUGCUCUUCUGACAUCAUCAUUUACACAACUGAGAAGCUUUAGUAUUACAUGUGCAUUUUACAUACAAGAUGAUGUCUUAUUAGCAUUGUGUACCUGUUGUCCUUUGCUUCAGGAAAUAAAGCUGAGAGACUCACGAUAUAUUACUGCUAGAGGCUUAGAACUGAUAGAAAAUUGCACAGAUUUGUUGAUACUGGAUCUAUCUGGAUGUGUGCGUAUCCAGGAUUUGGGUACUUUAGAACAGUGCACAAAGUUAAAUGCACUUUUCUUAACUGACUGCUGGAGAUUACAGCCAUCAGCCUUGACGGGUAUCUUGCAACUCAGUGAACUAAGAACACUCCGGAUUGAUUCGUGUUGUACAUUAGGGUUUCCAUUUAGCAACCUGAAGACUUAUUUACCACAUCUUGAAUUUCUUGGAAUUAAUGCAUGUUAUGGAUCCACCUUGGAAGAGCUUGAAGAACUUCGAAAUUCAGCACCUGAACUUUUUAUUUCACUUGGUGAAGAUUAGAAAGCAAGCAGAUUAAUAUGAGCACUUCAGGUACACUGGAAGAACAACAACUUGGAAAUAAUAUUUUCAAAACUCUUAAUGGCUUUCUUCUACUUGUCAUCAGAGUUUUCCACCAAGAAAAAACUUCAGCACCCAAAAUAUGAUUAAUUUUGUAUUAGUAGAGUUCCAACAUUGCAUUGACGGAAGGUCCUUUAUUUAAUGUUGCUAUUUCUAUAGUUUUCUGUCUUAGUUGUGUUUAUUUCUGAGGUAACUUUCACUAUUUUCAUUAUGCCUAAUGACCAUUAACUCAAGUAUGAGUGAAACUAAGGCAGAAAAUUAAAGAAAUAUUAAUGUUGUAUUAAUUCAAUGUGCACAACUUAAUACUGAAUACUCUUGUGUGCAUUGCCAUAUGUAUGUGAAUUCUACUUACAAGGGAACCUCCCCAUCACACCCCCCUCAGAUUUAGUUAUAAGUUGGCACAGUGGA